UCUCAACCUUUUUGGGGGUGGCGUUAAACAUCUGUAACAUGGAAUCUUGAAAAAUGGUAUGUUUAACAAAUGACAGGUGGUAACACUUUGCAUGUUAACCCCUAGAACUGGCCCGGCAAGGUGGUAAUAAUAUGUUUUAUUAUUGGACAAAAUAAACUGACAGUGUUAAUGAUUUAUGCUUUCAGGCAAUAACAACAACCGUUCUACAAUGCUAUAUGAAUUUCUUGACAUCCAUCAUUCUUCAGGUGCAUUCACAACAACAGAGAAUGUAUAUGGAUCAGCAUUGGCAUCAAUGCUCUUGUUAUGGAAGGAUUCUCAAAAGUUUGAGGUCAAGGCUCAUGGUGGUCUACUGAAAUCUGUUGACUUUGGGAAUGCAGGUAUUACAAAGUUGUGUGUAACUGGGGCAGCUGAUUCACUUGUCAAGGUAUGGGAUGUUGACAAAUGCUUUGAAUAUGAGCCCCCAGAGGAAUUACAUAACUACUCAUGUACAGCUCUUGGGAUAAAACCCCAACAGGAUGUAAUUGUAACAGGUGGCGAUAGAGGAGGUGGAAUCUAUGCUGAACUCUGUUCUUGGAAUAGCCGUACAGGAGAUAUGAUUACAUAUUCUAAAGGCUUCAAUGAUAUGCACAGGAGUAUUCAAUAUUGUCCUUGUGGCAGAUUUUGUUGUGUCAGGGUAGGACGUUAUUCUGAUUAUAGUUACAUAGAGGUUUAUGAAGCGUCAACAUUUGUCAAUGCAGGCCAUGGCUUCGAUGUAUGCCAUGAGCAAAUUAAUAGAGUAGCAAUGUCUGAAAUUAAAGGAUACAACCACUAUAUUGCUGGCAGGGGAGAACUAAGCUUUACUCCUGACUGUACUUGGCUCGUAUCUAAUUCACCAAGCAGUCGUCAUGAAAAAUCGUCACGAAAAUUUCCAAUGAACAUGCGUGACAUAUACGGGAUUCGCGUGACAAAUCCGAACAAAUUGCGUUCGUUUUUUUCCGACGUUCGUAUUUUUACCGUAUCAUAAACAUAUUUUGAAAAAAAUUUUACAGAAACAUAUUUGCGUGACAAUUACCAGGUAAAAUGCGUAUUUGCGUGACAUUUUGUGUCACGCAAAAAAAACUGGCGUGACUUCAAAUUCUUCAGCAAAUGCGUGACAAAUACGCAAAUUGCGGGACAGUUGACAGGCCUGCAUCUAUUCAGCAUCUGAGAUCAGCAAAAGAAAUGGUGACAAGUCAAAGAUAGCGCUUGGAUCACAUAAUGGAGAUACAAUGGGUGGCCACUUCUCUGAUUCUGGUCGUUACCUCAUAACAUGUUAUCGCAUCCUACGACCCCUUUAGAUUGUGGUCGUAGGCCCGAUUCAUUAGUAAGCCUGUGUUUCUACAAUGUCGGAGAAUGAACUAUGCAUUGCACACAUAAAUGACCUACCUCGAUACAUUCCUGAGUAUUUUAGAAUUCUUUUCAUAUAGUUGAAUCGCAAAUUGUAUGGGUUUAUCGGCAGAACGAAGAUAUUUUCGUUUUUGAUAGCAAUAUUUGCGUGUAGGUUCAACCGUCAAAUUCCUCCAUUCAGUUCCCGGCAUGCACCAGUCAUAAGGGAAAUCCCUGGGGAAUUCCCCUUCCGACAUUUUGAAAAUUGCUGAGAUAUUUCCGAUGUAAAAACUAAAAUCUCUUCGUUCUGACGAUAAACCCAUACAAUUGGCGAUCUAACAACAUAAAAAGAAUUUUAAAAUAC